ACUCUCUGAAAUCUUUCCAUUAUCCCGCGAAAAACAGUUAUCGUUAAAUUCCUUCCUAGACGAUUUUUCUGGCCUACCCUCCCGCCCACCAAAAGAAAGGAAAGAAGAAGAAGGCCAAGGCUGGCAGAUCGUUGCAGAUGGCAGUAUGACUGAUUAUAAACGGCCUUUGCAGCCCCUCUCUUCACGACACUAUUACUAACAUAUUGACUACCGGUUGGCAGUCAGUCUUCAUCAUAAUCAGCCAUGUAUCCCUGGCACCAGCGCCUGAACACCUGGGCAGAGGGAGCAGGUCUACGCAUCGACGCGCUCGGCCUGGUAACGUUGCUGGGCGCGGAGGAGAUGGACCGCAUAGUGGGGCGGCUCGUCCCGAGCCACUACCUAGACUACAUGCCUCUCCUGGGCGCCUUCGUCGUGGCGGGAAACCGGUUCACCUCCAAGCAGUUCGGCUUCACGCUGUACAACAUCUCCGCAGGAAUCGUGACGACCGAGCUGGCGGGCUGGUUCUCGCGAUGGCUGCGCGCACAGGAACUGCGUCAGGCGCGAAGUGUUAUUACCUGGGAGGUUGUUGAGCACCAACGGCCCUCAAGGUGGAAGACAAUCCUUGUCGGCGUGUUGCUUGUGGCGCUGCCGGUCCACGGGAUGCUUAUUGCCUUGACUGUGCUGACGGCGGACUGGUGGGGGUUCGCCAAUGUGAUGGCGAUGAUAGUGUCUGUAGUUGUGCGAUGUAUCCUGGUCGCGCAGAAUUGCGCCGGGAUAGAUGCCAAUGUCAGUCGAGCGCAGCAGGAAGCGCGCAACUACAACUAUCCGCAGAAACGGGACAAAUAUGACGAAACGAUAACGAAUCUCGAGAAAGACAAACAGCCACACCAACAACAGCAACACAUGGCCAUUCCCGUCGCGCCCAAGGACCCCUGCGCUAUCGCUAAAGUCAUCGUGAUAACCGACGAGUCGAAAGCUGUCACGAUUGCUGCAGCCGCUCAUCUAAUCCAAUUACUGUUUACGACCGCCCCGGAUGUGCCAAAUCAUGGCAUCUACCAGGCGACCCGGUUCUUGGGUUGGGUCGCGUUCGGCGUGCACGUGGUCACGAUUGGCAUGUCGGCCCUAUACACGCAAAUAUGUACAGUGGUGGUGAUGGUCACCGCGACGAUCCUAACCGCCUUCAAGUUUGGCUGUGAUGAUUCGCACAUGGGGAGGAGGAUUUGGAAAGCAGUUAUGAGCCGCAAACGCAAUGACGACGAUGAAAAAGAGGCCUGGUCAUAUACUUGCUGGGUGGGCUCGAGGUUAAAGGCGACUGUCUCGUCCUACCCGGAUUGGUAUAGCGAGUGGAGCGAAGAUCAAGGGGAGCCCAAACUACCUCAGGUGGUGACGGUCGUCGAGAAGAAGGGUGGAAGGAGACGAGCAAGCGCCGUCCUUGACCUGGAACCUGCUCGUCCUCCCCCGACAAAGAAGAAAAUUGUCGAGCGCCGGCAAGAUCUUUAUGCUUGGUUGGGCCUAACGGAGGAGGAAGAGACACACAUGGCCGCUUGGGGGUUGAUGCCCCGGAAUCGGGAGUGGAUGAGUGUGUACUUUGAGAAGAAGAUGAAGCAUAACAAGCGAAUUGGCCGUGAUGGGACGUAGGCUGACGAUGGUUUAACGAAUCUGACAACGUCAAUGAAUACGGCGAUGGCCUUGGCUAUGUACAUGUGAGCAUCUCUAGAUCCAGCAAAGGAAAUGAAAGCAAAGGGUAAAUGCA